UCGUCAGUGCGAUCCGAUGCACCAUACUGCUAUUAAUUUUGUGAAAAAUUGAUACCCAGAGUAGGAAAGCGGGUAGCCGGCCAAAUCGAGUCGAGUCGCAUGUUUUUUUUAUGAAGUGAACAAUCUGCAUGCACAAGUUUAGAUUUGCGACUUCGAAAAGUAUGUAAGUUAGUGAUCAUCUUAGAAAGGAAUCAUCGGGGACGCGAUCCAACUCAGGCAGUUGCUGUACGAUCUGAUUUCGAAUUCAACUUCAACUUCCACGGCCAUUCUAGCGCACAGCACAGACAGACACAAGUUUGCGUGUGAGCAAAGCACAAAGCAGCAGGCUUCACACAUUGUCACAUCCGGCCGGGUUACAGGCAGAGCAUCAUUCCAUCAUCGAAGGCACAAUUUAACAAGUACAAACGCGUACAAACCGCAGGAGAUUAAGUCUGCGAAAUAAAAAAAAACUCCACCCCUGCAGCAUCACCAAAAACACACAGAGUCCUACAACAGCAACAGUACCUAGAGCACAGGGAAAGAUGAUGGCAUCCUGUACGCCCUUCAACAAGCACAUCUUCAUCAACGGGGGUCCUCCGAGCGAAACGACGGGCAGCGAGAUUUCGUCGGUCGAAAGUGACUGGGGCGACCUGCGGUUGAUUGCGGCCCAGCUGGGCGUGGCUAAUCCGGACGAUCUACAUGUCGAGCGGUUCAAGGUGGACCGUCAGAAACUGGAGGAUAUGAUUAAAGUCGAAACGUAUUCAGAAGGGAUGAAUAGCGCAGAGGAAUUCUUCACGAAUAUCAUGAAGGAAACCACAACGUACGUUAGCUGGCCGUGCCGCCUGAAAAUUGGCGCCAAAACAAAAAAGGAUCCACACAUCCGGAUUGUGGGUAAAAUGGCCGAUGUGCUGAAGGCGAAGGACAAAGUGAUGACACGUCUGGACUCACGGGGAAGCCGCGUCAUUAUGAAAAUGGACGUCUCGUACACGGAUCACUCGUUCAUUAUCGGUCGCGGGGGAAACAACAUCAAGCGCAUCAUGGAAGAGACGGCGACCCACAUCCACUUCCCGGAUUCGAAUCGCUCGAAUCCGACCGAGAAGAGCAACCAGGUAUCGCUGUGCGGUAGCCUGGAGGGUGUCGAGAGGGCACGUGCGCUGGUUCGCAUCUCGACUCCGCUGUUGAUUUCGUUCGAGCUGCCCAUUCUGGCUCCCGGGAAAACACCGCCGGACAAUGAAACCCCCUAUGUGAAGGAGGUAGAGAAAGAGUUCAACGUGCAGGUCAUAUUCUCUACACGACCGAAGCUACACUCCUCGCUGGUGCUGGUCAAGGGGUCGGAAAAGGAGGAACUGAAGGUGAAGGAAGCCACACGCCGUCUGAUGGAUCUGAUGUGCGAAAACAUUGCGAGUCAGAUUCCAGUGCAGAUGCAACUGGAAAUAUCUACCCAACAUCAUCCAAUUGUACUUGGCCGGGCUUCGAGCAAUUUGCGGGAAAUUAUGAGCAGAACCGGAACACAGAUAAUGUUUCCUGAUGCAAACGAUGUGAACAUAAAACCAAUCAAGCGUUCCCAGGUGACCAUUACCGGUUCGAUAAACGGAGUCUAUCUGGCACGACAGCAAUUAAUAGGCAGUCUACCAAUUGCAUUGAUAUUCGACUAUCCGGAAAACACGGUCGAUUCGGAAGAGAUCGCCAAAUUGAUGUUCACGCAUGAUGUCUUCAUUUCAGUGCGACAAAAGUCUCGCCAGAGUACCCUCUGCAUCGUGAUCAAAGGAAUCGAAAAGUUUAUCUCGAAUAUCUACGAUGCCCGGUAUAACCUGCUGAAAUGCACCGGUCCGAAUGUGGUAGCCGACAUUCCACGGUCCUACCUGGGACCAAACGAGCUGGCAAAGAAUUCCCAAAAUGUGUCCCAAAUGUUGGCCGGUCCAACGCCGCAACCGUUCUCGCCAUUGUCUCCAAUCAACCCAAUGCCAUUCGCUACCGGUGCAUGGCCAUCUCCGGCUCCAGCUACGGAAUUUGUCCUGAAUCAGAUGCGAAAUCAAUUUCAAAACUUCCACCUGGGACCAACAAAAAUGCACCAUCCACUUACAGUCCCACCGGGCUUAGGUAACUACAAUAAUGGCACGGGAAAACCUCAGUUGCAUCCCGGUAUGAACUCUUCUCAUGGGCAAACACUUCUGCAAGUACCUGGAGCACAGCAUCACCAUUUGCCUUUGAGUAACCGCAGUUCUAAUAGUAGCACUUGUAACAAUGGAACCUGCCAAAAUACCAGUAAUAGUAGCGCGAGUGGUGAUCACUCAAGUGGCUAUCACAGUUUGAACUGCAGCAACAGUUCCCUGGAUCAGCAGCUGCAGGCAAGCAACACUUCGAUACCGGGAUCUUCGGGCUCAGCUUCUACGUCGCUUAUAAAUAGUUCACCAGACAACGGCGGAAUGAGUGGAUCAGCAUCGAACCGGUGUCGUCACAUGAGCUACAGUGACAGUCCCCAGUUCCAGACGGAUUAUGUCGACCAGCGGACGCCGAUGCCCUACGAGCAGAAGAGCACACUCAACGAUACCUUCGUGUUUAACUUUGACCCACGCGUCGUUGCCGGCUACAAGGCGAUGCACCUUCCACCGCAGCAUGGCGAAUUGCGCACACCGACACCGUCCUGGCAAGGACUGGGCCUGAGCCAAACAUCGCCGGUCCCGUUGGAAGCCUGCGAUAUGAGCUGGGCGAACAGCAGCAGUGGAAGCAGCAGUGGUGGCGGUGCCGGCACAGCGGCCGGUAGCGAGUCACGCCUCAACAUGACUACCACGAUGAUCGAUGUCACUCCGAUGCGUCAACGUGAGCAGCUAUCGCAGUACAAUGACGUUACCUCAAUACUGACCAACCUGGGACUGGAACAUUAUAUCAAAAACUUCAUCAACGGUGAAAUUGACAUGACCGUUUUCCAAACACUCACCGAUCAGGACCUGUUGAAUUUGGAAAUCAAACCACUGGGUGCCCGACGCAAGAUUCUGAUGGCGAUUCACGAUCUGUACACUCGCCACCACGGCAAUCCGUUUGCAAACAUGUCACCGGCUUCUUCAUCUUCGUCAAUGUCCCGAUUCUCCGGGUCGGCCGCCCCCGGAGCAGAGCGUAGGACUUCGAGCGGUCAGUAGAUAGUGAUGUGAUGUGAGUUUCGGGGGUGGAAACGAAAGCUUAACUGAAAGGGAGCGAGGUAAAAUAAAAACAAACUUUGCUUCCUGAGGCAAGGCAUUUUCCAUCGAAAAUGUUUAUGAUGGAGGCGUCUGGUCGUACAGCGGAUGCCCUAGAAGCAGUUUAACUGAUCUCAUUUCUGCAGGUGUGGGAGGAUUUUUUUUUUGCUUCGCCAUUAUGCAAAAUGAAGACUGGCAAUCUCCAUCGCAACUGAUAAAAAGUCCUCGACAGAUUGGCGCUAUUUAUGGAAUCAAUUCAACUUGCUUUUUAAUUAAUUUCUUUUGAGCGUCGUAUCGCCGAAAGAACUAAUUGAUUAUUGAUUAUUUGAGAUGCACCCGUAGGCCAACGCAACGCCAUCGUUAGUGCUUUUGUUCCAGCUAUGAAAUGGAGAGAACAUGCAUAGAAAGCCUUAAUUGUCGAAUAAGUCUGGAACGGACCGAGCCGUUGCCGAUCGAAAAAGCUAGCCGCAGCCGUCCACCACCGAUGAUCGCAUCCACAGUUUGCAACUGAAAUCAUCUUCUGCAUUCGUAUUUAUUUCAUUUGAUACUCUUGAAACGUUCUUCACAUUCAAUUAAUACUCAUCACCUCUUUCACAUUGCAUGCGAUUCACACAGAUUUUAAAUUUUCUGGUUAAAGUAGUAGCAUUUUUUUUUGUUUCAUUCUACGGAAACUCAAGUCACGGAAACGUUCUGCCAUGGUAAUUAACUCGUCCAGGUGUCCGUGGGUCAACUUCUGCAACAGCAGCCGCUUAAUUUCGUGUCAUUUGAAUAAAAAAUUCAAUUAAGCUGGCUGUUCCGUGUGAAGUGGUUUUGGUUUCAACGCGGGAGAACCUAAAGCCUGACAGACGUCCAUUAUUAGUUUAUUGUCUGCUGGGCGGGGGCGACAUCUGUUAUGCUCGACACCUAAAUGGACAGCCAGGCAUUUUUAGUUUCCGUUUCCGGUGGGUUGAGUUUUCGUUUCGGAUUAUUGGUAUUAGGCAAAACCAACCAUAAUACACAUUGUAAGCAAUUUUGUUACACCCGUUAGCCAAAAGGCGAAUAGAAAUAGUUACCUUGUUAUUUAGAACCAGCCACGCAAUUGAAAAAAAAGAAGAACGAGCGUAUAGUUUGCAUGAUCUAGGUAAUUAUUAUCAGUACAACUGCCCCCUUUAUCUAAAUUGUUAACAUUGGAGAAAAUAUUUUAAUUAAAUUUGCAUGUUCGAUUACCAUUCUGCACUUGAAAAUUUGACUAUUUAUUAUUUCAUUACAAUAUUUCAGUUUCUUAGAGCGUUAUUAUAAUUAUACUAAAUUUUGCAGAGUAAAUUGAUGUUAGUUGUGGUUUACGGUAUUUAUAUCGAUAGUGCUCGAACUAAUGUAAAUUCGUCACAGUUUCUAAUAUUACAAUCAGAUUAAUCCCGUCCACAUGCUACUGUUUUCCGAAAUCCUUUUAUUAGCUGCCGAGAAAUUUCAGAGGUUUGUUCACAAAAUGUAUGUUAUAAAGUGUCGAAAAAAGUAUA